GCUGGCGGCGGGGCGGCGGGCGGUGGGGCAGCCUGGCGAGUCUGGGCUCGGAACCCGCGCCGCGCUCUCCCUCUCCCCGUUUCGCUGCCGCGGGGUGGCCGCAGAGGUCGAGGAGUCGGCGGGGCGGAAACCUGGAUUUGGUCCCAAGCGCUGCGGGGUUGACCGGAAGUGAUCUUGGGGCUGACCGGAAGCGAGGCCUUGGAGGGUCCAGGGAGCGUGGGUCCCGGGAGGGAGGGGGUUCCUAAGCCGUAAGGGGCGGGGGGCAAAGGUGCGACAGCGACCUGGGAGCGCCGGCGGGGCGGCGGGCGCUGCUGCUGGUCUGUGGAGGAAGCAGCCAGUGACCCCCACGCGCCAAAGGGAGAGCCCCGAGAGGAGGAGGGUGAGAGUUCAGGGCUGCCUCUGGGCAGUCUGGAAUAAAGAACAGAAGGGCCUGAGGGGCGCCCCAGAACAAGGAGCCGAGGGCAGGGGAGAAUCCGUGCGGGUCGGGCUCAAGGGUAGCCGGUGGGUACUGCGUGGGAAAUCUUGGUUUGGAGUUUCCUACAGUCCUCGCCCCCAUUGGAUAGAACCACACACACUGCUCACCUUUGUGGAAGCAACAGUGUCUGCUGGGGCCAGGGAGGAGCCAGGAUGGCUUGGGCUCUGAAGCUGCCGCUGGCCGAUGAAGUGAUCGAAUCCGGGCUGGUGCAGGACUUUGAUGCUAGCCUGUCCGGAAUCGGCCAGGAGCUGGGUGCUGGUGCCUAUAGCAUGAGUGAUGUCCUUGCCUUGCCCAUUUUUAAGCAAGAAGAGUCAAGUUUGCCUGCUGAUAAUGAGAAUAAAAUCCUACCUUUUCAGUAUGUGCUUUGUGCUGCCACCUCUCCAGCAGUGAAACUCCACGACGAAACCCUGACAUAUCUCAAUCAAGGACAGUCUUAUGAAAUCCGCAUGCUAGACAACAGGAAACUUGGAGAACUUCCAGAAAUUAACGGCAAGUUGGUGAAGAGUAUAUUCCGUGUAGUGUUCCAUGACAGACGGUUACAAUACACUGAACACCAGCAGCUGGAGGGCUGGAGGUGGAACCGACCUGGAGAUAGGAUUCUUGACAUUGAUGUCCCGAUGUCCGUGGGUAUAAUCGAUCCCAGGGCUAAUCCAAACCAACUGAACACCGUGGAGUUCCUGUGGGACCCUGCAAAGAGGACGUCUGUGUUUAUUCAGGUGCACUGUAUUAGCACAGAAUUCACCAUGAGGAAACAUGGUGGGGAAAAGGGUGUGCCCUUCCGAGUACAAAUCGAUACCUUCAAGGAGAAUGAGAACGGGGACUAUACGGAGCACUUGCACUCAGCCAGCUGCCAGAUCAAAGUCUUCAAGCCCAAAGGUGCAGACAGAAAGCAAAAAACAGAUAGAGAGAAAAUGGAGAAACGAACACCUCAUGAAAAGGAAAAAUAUCAACCUUCCUAUGAGACCACUAUACUUACAGAGUGUUCUCCAUGGCCCGAAAUCACAUAUGUCAAUAACUCCCCGUCCCCUGGCUUCAACAGUUCGCACAGCAGUUUUUCCCUUGGGGAAGGAAAUGGUUCACCAAACCACCAGCCAGAGCCGCCCCCUCCAGUCACAGAUAACCUCUUGCCAACAACCACACCUCAGGAAGCUCAGCAAUGGUUGCAUCGAAACCGGUUUUCUACAUUCACAAGGCUUUUUACAAACUUCUCAGGGGCAGAUUUAUUGAAACUAACUAGAGAUGAUGUGAUCCAAAUCUGUGGCCCUGCAGAUGGAAUCAGACUUUUUAAUGCGUUAAAAGGCCGGAUGGUGCGCCCAAGGCUAACCAUUUAUGUUUGUCAGGAAUCCUUGCAGUUGAGGGAGCAGCAGCAGCAGCAGCAGCAGCAGCAGCCGCAGCAGCAGCAGAAGCACGAGGAUGGAGACUCAAAUGGUACUUUCUUCGUGUACCAUGCCAUCUACCUAGAAGAACUGACAGCUGUUGAAUUGACAGAAAAAAUUGCUCAGCUUUUCAGCAUUUCCCCUUGCCAGAUCAGCCAGAUCUACAAGCAGGGGCCGACGGGAAUUCAUGUGCUCAUUAGUGAUGAGAUGAUACAGAAUUUUCAGGAAGAAGCUUGUUUUAUUCUGGACACCAUGAAAGCAGAAACCAGUGAUAGCUAUCAUAUUAUACUGAAGUAGGUGUGGGCAUUCCGUCCUCGCUGGCUGCUGCUUCCUUCGCCUCUUGGAAACGCCUCUCUCAAGGGGUUGCAAAUGGAGAUGGAAGGUCUGCAGGACCCUGACUGUGUGUGUGUUUGGGGGCGGGGGGAGGCCAGGCCAUGGAGGCAGAAUCUCAGCCACCUGUGUUGGCCCAAGCUCUUGAGGAAUACACAGAUUACUGCCCAACAUGUAUUUCUGCAGCUGUUUCUUAGUUAAAAUUUCUGGACUCUGUUGUUACUGAAUAUCAGUAGAAACUCCAUUUCAUUUGGGGUGUAUGUAGGGCAUAAUGAUGAUGAUAAUUGUGUGAUGUUUAAUGGGAAGACGUUAAAUUUUGUGAUAUGAAGCUGUGUAAAUUUUUUUCUAAUAUAAAAAAAGUGAACAUCUAUAUUCAUAAGACUAGAGCCUCAAUCCCUUUUGCAUCAAACAUAAACUGGCUUUUGACCACCGUUGGCCCCUGAAAACCUCAUCAAAGAGAAUUUUUCUUUUGGUUCCCCUAUAAUAUUAUGAAUAAUAUUAAUUUUAGCUAACUUUUACGGAGCCUUUAUUUGUGCCAUGCAUUGUGAUAAAUUCUUCGAAUGGAUUAUCUUGUUAGACCCUCUUAAUAAUCCUAUAUGAAGUAGGUAAUAAUGAUCCCUGAUUGAAGACGAGGAAAUGGAGACGUGUAGUGGCUACGUAGCCUGCUGAGUAAUGGGCAGCUAGCGGGCAGUGUGCUGCUGAAAUCCGAAACCAGGCAGGCUGGUUCCUAAAACUGCCACUCACUAUGGCCACCCGUCAGUACCCGGUGCUCGUCACCAUUGCCAAUUGUGGCUCUUCUGGCGAAUAGGACAUAACACUGGGUGAGAACUGAGUACUUAACACUGAAAGGGACAACCACACCUAAUGAUGAACAAAUCAAAAUCUACAAGAAGU